CGUCAACCUCACUAUCUGUAGUGGCCGCGGCUGCCAUGCACGUGGCUGCAUGACCUCUAUGAAGGAUGUCAUCCAUGUCCGUUGCACCUUGCCAUUUGCCUUGGCCUGCAAAAUCCAUUGACCAUGCAGUCAGUUCUGCGAUGCGUUUGUGCUGGCAAAAGCCUCAAGCGCUUCGUUUGGAAGCAUGUGGUCAUCAAUCAACCUGGGAGGUCUCGCCUUGCAGACCCACUGCUGCAGAAUCCUCCAACGUGCUUCUUUUCUGCUUUGGAGGCCAUCAAGGCUUGCGAUGCAGCUCUCGAGCUGGACACAAUGUGAAAGCGCUUUACCGAAGAGCAGAAUCCAGAAUAAGGCCUGUCAAAUCUACGGCCUAUGACCAUGACUUGGCCAUCAAGGAAUUAGCCCAAGAGAAUCGCCCGGAUCCGUCGAACCAAACUGUGGAGCACCUCCUCGUAAGGCUUCGUUCAGAGCGCAGCGUGCAGCGAGAGAAGGAUGUCAAGACGUUCACAGGCAUGUUUGAUCGUGGGCAGAUUUAUGACAAGGUCCUGCAGGAGGCCAAAGCGGCUGCAGCCUCGUCGAAGGGCGGCUCGCUGAUCUCGAGUGGCGUCCCAUGCGCUGCAGCACGACAUAUUGAAAUCCGACGAUGGAUCGAAUAGAUUUCCCCAGCUAUUCAAAGUGAUUCGAAUAAUUUGCAGUUUUUUGAAGUUA